CCAGCAAAUGUGAUGCGAUUUUCGCGUAGAACAUGUCAUGACAAAUUGUCGCCGAAAGCGAAAUGUUGGUCAUUAACUUUACGAUCCACUGACUGCGGUGAAAUGCCAUACUCUUCCGAUUCGCGAAAAGGAAAUCCAAAUAGCAGCCAGCACAGCGUCUCCGAUGACCAAUCGGAUCCACACAUCAUAUGUGUAACUUCCCUUGCACAUGUUGUGCAUCAUCAUCCGGCGAAGAAAAAAAAUAUGUACGUGACUUGCGGUCGGUGUCCGUCAAAGCCAGAACUUGAAACACAUUUUCACCGAAACCACGAGUUGUCGUUGCCGUACACAUGCAUACAAAUGUGGCCAAAGAACGCCCAUAAAGAUGAUGUCAUCGGCAAGAGAUUUUUUUUUGCUGCCAAUUUAUGAAGCAUGGUGGUUGUUACUCGUACACAUCUCCUACGUCGUCGCGGGGUUCUUCUGUCUGAGCAUCAGUAAUGUUUGGGGAUUUUGUGAACACCAGCAAAGAUUUGCAUCGCAGGCUGUGGUAUUUAUGCUCAUUCGACUCACUCGGUGGAGGUGGCAGUUUGCUUUUAUUUUCAGACACGUUCGUUGAUGUCAAACGGAAGAGUUGUGCUGUGUUAUUUACGUUUUCAAUAGAAUUUCAAGGAUAUUAGGAUCAUAUUUCGUGUCGGUACACGGUCUUUGGAUUACAACUGAAAGUGAGACAAGUGAAAACAGCCUUGUUUAGAUUUUUCCUGUCUGCAGCAGAAAAACCACAAACGACGAAACGCAACUUUCGGACCGUGGAACGAGUGUACAAAACCGAUAAGAAAAGAGUGAUAAAACGAAGAAGCAACCGUCGACCAGCGGCCAGCGAAAAACUCCAACGCUGGGAGACCAUUAGAUCACUCCAUUUCCGCUCGGCUACGCCAGCAUACGGCAACUCUUUCCCGGUCCGAUGACGACGACGACGCCGACGACGAUGACGACAACGGUGAUGAAGGAAAUGGUUCAAUGCUAUCCAAACAUUUGCUGAACCACUCCCCGAGGUUGAGAGAUAUUGCCACUGACUAGCUGCGGCGGCAACGGCAGCAGUAGUGACAAGUGACUGACUGUGUCUAGCUGGACAGCGCACGUGCUAAGUAUACUAUAGUAGUGAAGAAAAACCUAGUGAUAAGAGAAAUUUACGCGUGAAAGGUGUGAAAAGUGAUACAAUAAAGAUGGGAGCGCCACCUUUCAAGGAACCGUUGGUUAACCGGAACCUCAUCUCGCUCAAAAUCGUCCUGUUUCUGUUCUAUGCGGCUCUAGGAUGCCUGCAUCCGUACCUACAAAAGCACAUGACCCUAACCGGGUUAGAUUACAAGGAAUCACAAAUCAUCUCCGUAGUGGCUCCACUGAUCGCCAUUUUGGGACCGCUGAUAUUCGCACCGCUAGCUGAUCGCCUUGCAGGAACUAACGGAUCAUCGUACGGAAGACGGCUUCGGUUUCUGGCCUCGUUUUGUAUGAUCUUUUCAGCGAUUCUUUACGCCAUUCUGUUCUUCGUCGUACCACCGAUCGAACGCCAAGAAUCCAGUCGAUCGCAAGUGAGCUUUGCUUGUGAUCUUGACGGAGCCAUCAUCUUUCAGCAACGAUGUUCGGAGGAACGCACCUGCUACCACUGGAAGAGAGAAAAGAUUGGCCACCUAACGCUGACAAACUGCUCCUACACUUGCCAAAAACCGAUCGAGUUCGAAAACCUGAAUCAUCCUUACACCAAAGGAGUUACCGUACCGCCAUCCACCGAAAGCUCGAUUGAAGAUGAGGAAUACGACCUGAUAGAUGAUGACUUGGAAGUCGCACCCGCCAACUUGGAACUGCCACGUGUCGAGGUGGACAAUACUCCGAUUCCCGUUCCACACAUAUGCGAACGGAAAGGUGGUCCCGAGUCGGAGAUCUGUCACGCCUACACCCCGGCUACCGAGUCGCUCAGGUUCGAAACGGUGCUACGCAGCGCGGUGAAUGACGAGAACGAUACGCACAGUGCCGAGUGGUGCCGUUAUCCGUUGGACGGGUUCUCGUGCAACAUUCCGGAGAAGCAGGUUGUCUGGAUGAAGUUGUUGAUCAACUCGUCGCACUGUACUCCGAAGAUCGAGUGCGAGGUUCACAAUCCGUAUGAUAACGAAGAGAGCGUGCUGGCUGAAAGUGUCUGCAUGAGGAUUGUUGGUGAUCCAGAGCUUACAUUCUGGUCAUACUUGUUGCUGCGAUCGUUUGCUGACGCCUUCCCACUAGCUGCCAUCGUACUCCUGAAUGCGGCCACCAUCAUUGCCACGAGAGAGACUUCUACCGGUCGAGGAGACUUUGGACGCCAGAUUGUCUGGGGGGCAAUCGGUUGGGCUCUGUUCUAUUUUGUACUUUCCUGGGUGUUCGAAACUUACUACGUCUACGUAGCUUUGGUGGUGCUGGCAGCUAUUGUUCUUCUACUGUCUUCCGGAAUGCCCCUAUCUCCACCAGAGAUGUGGUGGCACACCAAAUGCGGAAUGGUUGCCAUUCCUAUGUCAGCUAUACGAAGAUACGUUCCAGAAGCCGCUGGGUUAUGCUUGGUUACGCUGAUUCUGGGUACAUUCUGGAGCGUACUGGACAACUACGAGGGGGUUCUGGUCAAGAACUACGAGCUGAUUCCCAACAUGGAAGAGUACUACGGGCCAACAUGGAGCGUUUUUGUAAUUCUGGGAGCACUGCUUGUAAUUCCUAUCCUGUGGUUUGCCGAAAACAUCGUUGACUAUUGUGGACAUUCGAACAUCUUGAUCGCUGCUAUUACAACUUUCAUCUUCCGUUUCUCCCUUUUGGCCAGCCUGGAUGUGACUUGGUGGCGCGUAGUCAUAGAUUUCCUUUACCCGAUAACCCUUGGUUUAACCUGGUUGACGAUCAUAUUCUACAUGCGACAUAUUUUCCCCCGCCGUAUCAUCACGACUGGACAAGCUCUGCCCGUCAUCUUCCACUUCUGUCUGGGCCGAUUCAUCGGUGCCCUGAUUGGAACGUGGACAAAGCUGGAAUGUCUGAUCGCUACCUUCCAAGUGCUAGCCAUCACUGCCUGUGCUGUUGCCGUGAUUUAUUUCCUCCUGUACCACUUUGUCCUGGCACCACGCUGUGCUUCACGCAUGACCACAGUCCCAUCUACAUCCGCCCUGAAUAUCACAGCCCCAGAGGCAAACGGUCAAACGCAAUCACCACAGCAGCAGCCACUACAGCCUUCCAAUGGCAGCUAUCAACCCCUUAGAAUUUAUCACAACUAUCGCGGACGAAAGGGACACUUUAGAUAUUAAAUUUAUUGGGAAGGGAUGAUCAAAAUCACAAAAAAAGAUGAGGCAUCUAGUCUUCGUCAUGUAGAGCUAUAAAAAGCUGAUAAAUAUCGUUUAGCCGCUAACAAAAUUUGUACCAAAUCAGAUAUGUACACGAACUAUCGAAGAAAUCUCUCGAAAGCAAAUAGUUUUAUUUAUUGUCGUUUUUCUUGACUUUAACAACUUCUAACCGAUCUAGAGUAAUUCGCUUUGAAUCGUCCGCCAAAGCGUAGGUUGUAGAACUAUUGAAUAAUUUAGUUUAUACAACUUUCAUCUCAACUCAACUUUUAGCGUCCUAAAUGUCGGUCGACGAAUCUAGUAGAAUAAAUAGAAUAGUGUUAUUUUCGAUAGUUACAAGCGAAUCUCUUCCUCUGUACUCCUUUUGUGCAGGGGUUCUCUCUUCUUCAAUUAGAUAUCUACGCUUUUAUACUACAUACUUGUAAGACGUAAGACACUUUCGAUUGAAAUCCAAUAAACACACACUCGUUGUUAAGUGGUUGUCACUAAAAACCGAAAA